AUGGUUCCUCCCACGGGCGAGAAGGACGCUGGCCUGGCCGACGUCGCCGUCGCCGUCCCAGAGCCAUCCAGUGCAUCCACAGAAGAAGCUCGGCUCUCCAUCAGGCAGCGGCUGGCUCUGUUCACGCCGCUCACCCUUUUCACCAUGUUAUACACGGCGAGUUGCGCCUUCAAUUUCGGUUACGACGUCGGGACUUUUGGAGGAGUGCAAGCCAUGCAGAGUUUCGCUCACAAAUUCGGUGAAUACAACGAGACGAAGAAGGCCUGGGCGUUGUCCGCCUACCUGUCAUCGCUCAUGACGGCAUUGCCCUUCCUGGCCAAAGCGCUGGGAGUGGUUGUUGGGGCUUGGCUCUCGGAACGGUUUGGGCGCAAGUUGAUGUUCGUCGCUCUGAUCGCCUGCUGCUAUAUUGGCGUGACGCUCCAGGUGGCGGCGACAACCCCGGCGCAAUUCACAGUGGGACGAUGUCUUACCUUUGCCGCCACGGGCCUCACCGUCAUCGGAGUGCCCAUCUACCUCGCCGAGACUUCGCCUCGAGAACUACGAGGGAUGAUGAACGCCACCAUCCAGCUCAUGAUCAGUCUCGGUGGACUGGUGGCCUCGUUGGUCAAUCUCGGCACCAAAAACAUGACGGGCGACAAGGCAUGGCAGAUCCCCGUGGGCGUGCAGUACGUCGCCCCGGUGUUCCUGACCAUUGGCUGGUUUGUCCUGCCGGAAUCUCCUCGCUGGCUGAUCUCCCGCAAUCAAAAUGACCGGGCACUGCAAUCGCUGCGAAGGCUGUCGAAAAAGUCCAAAUCCGCGGCCGAGCUGGAUGCGGAAAUCGCUGCGCUGUACAGCGCGGACGCCAAUAAAGGCAAGGGGACUUGGAGGGAAGUAUUCGACCGGAAGAACCGGGUCCGAACCUCGGUGGCCAUCCUGGUCAUGUUUGGCCAACAAAUCACCGGCCAGGCCUUUGUGUCGCAAUACUCGGUUGUCUUCUACGUGUCUCAAGGCUUCGCAAGUAAAGCUUUCUUGUAUGGUGUGUUGGGGGCCGUUGCAGGCGUCGUCUGCGUUGCCAUCACCUGGCUCUUGGUCGAUUCCAUUGGGCGACGAACUUUGCUUCUCCUAGGCGGCACCUUCAUGGCCAUUUUCAUCUUUAUCGUCGGCGGCAUUUCGACGGCGACUCACCCCUCGGACGCUGCCAGACACACUCUGGUCGCUUCCGUCAUUCUUUUCAGCGCGGCCUACUCUCUGUCCUGGGCUCCAAUAUCCUACGUCGUGGUGAGCGAGGUGGCCUCCAACCGAGUCAAGGAAAAGACGAACCUUCUGGCCUGUGUGGUUUCGGUGCUCACCACCUUCGUCACCUCCUUCACCGCGCCGUACCUCAUCAACGCAUCGUACGCCAACCUGGGCGGGAAAGUCGGCUUCAUCUACGGGUCCAUCUGCUGGGCCAUCCUGGUGCUGGCCUAUCUGUACGUGCCGGAAUUGAAGGGCCGGAGUCUGGAGGAGGUCGACCAGCUGUUCAGCUCGGGCCAGCCUCUGCGCAAGUUCAAGCACAUUCGGACGAAACCCGUCGAAGAGGACGCGUCUGGCUGGAGCUGGAAAGACCGGUCUGUGACAUCUGCCUCUGUCUGA